AGUGCGGAAAGCUGUAGAAUAUUGAUUUACAGUUGGUAAUGUAUAAAUAUAUCAAGCUAUAGAAAUGCAGGAACGGUAUGGUCAUUUAAACAUAUAUGUCUUCAGAAACGGAAUUCUGAUCGGUUAAAUAACCUUUCGCUGUUUUGAAAUUUAAAUCCCGACUACUUGUGUGUAUUGAACAAUAUGGCACAGAUCUACGGAACCAAAAAGAAAUCAAGGUUUCGGUUCAAAGCAAAUUGCAAAAAGUUGGCCCGGCUGCUGUUCAAUCCUCGUAUUAUACUCCCUCCGAUUUUGGCCUUGGCUUGUCUGGUAGCUGCACUGUCUAUGCUUGCUGUCAAGCUUUCUUCGCUAGAACCAGUGGAUAUGAUGACAAAUUUCACAAACGGUGGUGUAUGGGACGACGCGUUUGAAUUAAAUGAUAUUUUGACCAACGUUCGAAUGAUCCGAACCUUAAAAGUGUUCAGUCCACGUUGUUUGGUGUUUGACUACGGAAGCCAGGUCCUGUUCGUUGGCCAGGUGGAUGGGACGGUGCUUGGUAUUGAAAAGGACCAGUACGGUAGAGUCGGCAUGGGCGAAAUCAAGUUGGUGUCGUCGUAUCCUGGAUAUAUAAUAAGCUUGCGUAUAAGCAUGGGUAUGUUGUAUGUGGGAGACGCGGAUCACGGAAUUUACAUUAUUGAACUUAGUUCUAUGAAGAGAAUAAUGGCAAUGGAGCUACAUGAAGUAAACCCGCCUGUAAAGUCGCUCAUGGACUUUACAAUUGGCACCGGUGGCCUUCUUUAUGUUGUGGAUUCAAGCAGCAAGUAUUCGGCUCGGACGUACAUGCACCAGUUUUUGGAAGGAUCGUGCACUGGCAGAUUAUUCCGGUUUUCGCCGGUUUCUAAGAGAGUGAUAAAUAUGAAGGAUGGCUUAUGCAUGCCUACCAGCGUCGAGGCUACGUUUAGUGAGGAUGGUUUACUGAUUUCGGAAAGUGGUCGAGGCCGCUUCAUAGUAUGGGAUAUCGAUAAUACUACGGUGCGAUCAGAGACAUAUUUGCCGGGUAUACCUGGACGAAUUCGUCUUAAUCGACGAGGAGGGUAUUGGAUGACGAUGCAAGCAGUUAAUCAUGGGUUUGUUAAGUAUGUCAAUGACAGACCUUGGUUACGAAAAGUCUUCUGUUUCUUGCUGCCGGAGAGAAUUCUGUGGGGGUUGGCAUUCACACCACACCACGCAGCAGUUGACCUGCACACGAAUGGUACUGUAAUGGCGUCAUUACAAGACCAAUACGGGAAGAAUAACGACCGCAUUACUGACAUUGCGGAAGCUGAAAACGAAGUUCUAUUCUUUGGCAACGACAACCAGAACUUUAUGGGGGGUUUGGGUGACCCGCAACCCCAAUUCGAUCCUAAAUCUUUUGGCAUGGAGGACGCCCCUAAACCAUCUGAUAAGGGGAGCUCGGAUAAAGACCCUAAAGAGCAGGAAACUAAACAAGGGUUGUAAGGAAUGUGAUGAUUUCCAUGUAGUAGAAAACACUGAGUCAGUAUCAAAGCAAGAAUAAAAAGAAAUAACAUUCGUCCUUUACUCAGAUAUCUUAAUUCUUGUCCAGUAAGAUUGAUUAUUAGGGACGCCGAAUAACGAUUUAUUGGCAAGCGUGCAUGCAAAUAAAUGUGCAUAGGUGGUGAUUAGAAUGUAGAUAUAGUAUAUACAGUUGUGUUUAUCAUUUAGAACUGUCCUGGGGUUAAUAUAUGUAUUGGGUUAGUUUAGUUUGUUUUCACGCACCAUUUUAAACAACUGGUUAUAAAUAAUCUACAACUACAUCGAGACAGUUUCUUACCGUUUUAGGGUUACCGAUGCUUGCUUUUUUAUUUAAAUUAACAAAACGACCUUAAAACAUUUACUUCACAAAAAUUGUAAAUGUGGCAACAGAAUUGAAAAGUAGAUCACUUUAACAUAAAAAUUAAGUAAGCA